AUGGCUAGAACUAGAAUGCUGGAGAUCAGUGUGACCAGGAUACUUAGCUUUUAUGUGCUCGAGCAUGCCGUCAUAUCCACAUUUGACCUGUUCAGUAUAGGUGUGGGGCCAAGUAGUUCACAUACCGUUGGUCCUAUGCGGGCGGGGAAGAUCUUCAUCCAGGAUCUGGAGCAACUUGGUUUACUCGACAAGGUCCGGUCUGUCAAGAUUACUUUAUACGGCUCUCUCGCGGCCACAGGAAAAGGCCAUCACACCCCGCAAGCUGUCCUUCUGGGUCUCGAAGGCUCGGAUCCCGAAACCAUCGACACCGGCACCAUCCCCUCCCGCUACAUGUCCAUAAUGAACGACAAGAGGCUCGUGCUAGGAGGAAAAUAUUCCAUCCACUACGAUAUGGACAGGGAUAUGAUAUGGCGAUGGGAUCAGGUAUUGAAGACGCACCCCAAUGGAAUGCGGUUUUCCGUCUUCGACGAGAACGGCGAUUUGCUCGCGACGAAUGAGUAUUUCAGCGUUGGGGGCGGAUUCGUCGUCAACGAGAAGACUAAAGUGGACGAGAACCUGUUUUACAAGGGUGUUGACAAGUCUUCCGUGCACGGUGCCCGGCUUCAUCAACAUACGACUGUCAACUCGCCGGAUCCGGAGCACCAGUCCGCCCCAGGGGUGGUUAAGGCCGAGUUUCCGCCAGCAGACAAACCGCCCUACCCCUUCGCGACGGGAGAUGGGUUGCUUGCACUCACCAGGGAGCACAACAUGACGAUCGCGCAGAUCGUAUACGACAACGAGUUGUACUUCGGGACGCCUCACGACCAGAUUCACGAGAAGUUGAUGCGCAUCUGGUCCGUGAUGGACGAGUGUAUCCGCACUGGCGUUUCCACGUCUUCCGCCACCCUUCCCGGCCGUCUUGGGCUCCGUAGGAGAGCACCAAUGCUGUACAGGCGACUGAUGAGAGGAUUCUAUCCAGGACUCGUUGCGCCUGUGUCCUCGGCCCCGCGCAUUGAGGCCAGCUCGGCUCCCGUCGGCCUGCUCGAAGGGAAAACUCCGGACCUGCCGCUCCCACUGCACCAAAGCCGGCUGUCUUCCGGCGGUACGCAAACUAAAGCGGGCGAAGCGCCGAAACACGCCACGGGUCGAGGACACCUCAGUCCCGCGAGGUCAACGAGGGUCGUCGGCGCCCUUGACCACGCCAUGUUGCCGAUGCCCCCUCGCAAAACGGUCAUUCCUGCGAUGGACUUCCUGUCAUGCUACGCAAUCGCGGUGAAUGAGGUCAACGCUUCCGGCGGGAGGAUCGUCACGUCCCCCACCAACGGCGCUGCGGGCGUGAUCCCGGCCGUACUCAAGUACAUCGUGGAGUUCGUCACCGAUGAUCCCGAGAAGGCAAUACAAACGUUCCUGCUAACCGCUGCGGCUGUCGGAAUGCUAUUCAAGCGGGGGAGCACCAUAUCAGCAGCCGAAGGCGGAUGCCAAGCAGAAGUCGGAGUCGCUUGUUCCAUGGCCAGUGCGGGCUUUGCUGCGUGCAUGGGAGCAUCACCCGAGACGGUUCUGCAAGCUGCCGAGAUCGGGAUCGAACACAACCUCGGUUUAACGUGCGAUCCCAUUGAUGGCCUGGUCCAAGUGCCGUGCAUCGAACGGAAUUCGCUCGGGGCCGUGAAGGCGGUGACGGCUGCUCAGCUUGCUAUGGCUAGCGAUGGCGUGUAUAGCGUCACCUUGGACGAGGCGAUCGCGGCUAUGCGAUUGACUGCAGCCGACAUGUCGGUGAAAUAUAAAGAAACCUCCCUCUCAGGGCUUGCAACAACCGUCAAAAUACCGUUGACCGUACCUGCGUGCUAAUGCAUAGAUACUAAGUAUCAAUUAUCGUCUCAGAUAGGAUGUGACCGGCUAUAGACCGUAUUGACCUGAUAGACAUAGAAUAUAGAUAACAUGGACCGC